UAGGUGACCGGUGUCGUACAUUUUGCAGAAUCACCAUGGCGUCUGUAUUGAAAGAGACUGCGGGGCUAUAUGAAACAUUGAAAACGGAAUGGAACAAGAAAAAUCCAAAUCUGAACAAAUGUGGAGAAAUUUUGAGCAAGCUUAAGAUCUCGUUAUUGGAGUUAAAUUUCUUACCAACAACUGGGACAAAGCUCACCAAACAGCAGCUUAUUUUAGCUCGGGACGUACUGGAGAUUGGCGCGUUGUGGAGUAUCCUAAAGAAGGAGAUCCCCUCAUUUGAAAGAUACAUGGCCCAGCUAAAAUGCUACUAUUUUGAUUACAAGGAUGAGCUGCCGGAGUCGGCGUACAUGCACCAGCUGUUGGGUCUGAACCUGCUCUUCCUGCUGUCACAGAACCGUGUUUCAGAGUUCCACACAGAGCUGGAGAGGCUGACCGCUAAGGACAUCCAGACCAACGUAUACAUUCGCCACCCCGUCUCCUUAGAGCAGUACCUGAUGGAGGGGAGUUACAACAAGGUGUUUCUGGCCAAAGGCAACAUCCCUGCUGAGAGCUACACCUUCUUCAUAGACAUACUGCUUGACACUAUCCGUGACGAGAUCGCAGGGUGUAUAGAAAAGGCUUAUGAACAGAUCCUGUUCAAUGAAGCCACAAGAGUUCUUUUCUUCUCCUCCCCAAAGAAGAUGACAGAGUAUGCCAAGAAGCGGGGAUGGACCCAAAGCCCAGAUGGCUACUACUCAUUCAGCGUUCAGCAGCAGAGAACAGAGGAGGUGACAAUUCCCUCCACCGAGCUGGCUACACAAGUCAUUGAGUACGCUCGGCAACUGGAGAUGAUUGUUUAGAGGGAUGUACUGUAGAAGCUACAUGACACACACACACACACACCUUGUACCCAAAUAACACACACACACACGCAGUCCUCAAACGUUGCGUGGACAGAUUGUCAGACUGGUUGGCCAGGACCUUGUUGUUCUGUUUACCUGCUUCUCACGGCUCCUUGGGAAAAGAGACAUGAGUGGAAUUAGAUGUACCAGUCUGACAGUGUGUUUUAGCGUCUGAGUAAUGUACUGAAAUAAAGUUGAGACAACACUUCACAACUAAGGCCAGUGUGCUCCGUGGGUCUUUGGGGAAUCAGCCUGGGCUUAAAGAUUGUGGAAGUGUCGGCACAUUCUCAUGCCCAAGUUGCCCUUUACCCCGACUACAUGAGGAGCUUUAUGUGACCGUUUCCAGGGUGUCUGUCUAGGGUUAGGGGUGUCAUUUGAAGAUCUCAUGGGAUUCAUUUAUUUCUGCCAAACAACGUAUGUGUUAAGUUGUCAACUUUUCUAUAAAUUCAGAUAGGUCCCUCCCCGUUCUGCGAUUAGUUUGGCUGACUGGUUACACUUGUGGUCUCGCAGCCUGUUGACAUAAUGCAUGGUGAGAUGCAGCCCAGUGGCUUUUCAACGCUGAUGGACACGGUUCUGCAUUCAUACUGGGGUUAUUCGAUUUCUUUUUUUUUUUUUUG